AAUGUCAACUUCCGGUAUAUGACUUCCGGAAGGAUAUUGCCAUUAAAGGAAAUGUGUAGAAUUCUUUGAGCUUUUUCCGACAACUGCAUUUUAAGGACCCGGUCAACAUGGCUAAUAAGUUGAAGAAAGUUAUUGAGGAAAAUCGGGAUAAGAAGGACCCUGAAAUUGAUCUGGUUGAUCGAGGAAUCGUUCAGCUGGGGUCCGACGUUCCGGGACUAAUGCACCUGAAUCACCUGACCCGCAUCACUGCAAGUCACAACAGGAUUGCAAAUAUUCCUGCUAACAUUGCUGACUUUAUUAAUCUGGAGAUACUCAACCUGUUCAACAACUGUCUUGAGGAGCUGCCAUCUACGCUGAGCACAAUGCCGAAACUUAAAAUCUUAAAUGUAGGGAUGAACAAACUAAACGCUCUACCUCGAGGUUUUGGGGCCUUUCCGGCGCUGGAGGUGCUGGAUGCAACGUACAACAACCUGAAUGAGCACAGCCUCCCGGGCAAUUUCUUCUGUCUGGAUACCCUUCGAGCUAUGUACUUUGGUGACAAUGACUUCGAAACUCUACCCCCUGAAAUUGGCAGACUAAAGAAUUUGCAAGUCCUUUCACUGAGGGAGAAUGAUCUGGUCAUGUUGCCCAAAGAAAUCGGGGACCUGAUUCGACUCCGCGAGCUUCACAUUCAGGGAAAUCGACUGACUGUUCUGCCACCAGAGCUGGGCAACCUUGACCUUGUGGGCAUGAAGCAGGUUUUCAAGGCUGAGAAUAACCCCUGGGUGACCCCCAUUGCUGACCAGUUCCAAGUGGGCGUAUCCCAUGUGUUUGACUACAUAAGAUCUGAUACCUAUAAAUUCUUGUAUGGCCGCCAUAUUGCAGCAGGCGCACAACUCCCUCCAAAGACAACCGACAAGUCCAAGAAAAUCAGCCGUGUCAAACCCAAGUGAUCUCCCCAUCUGCCUCAGCCACAAAUAACUCAGCAUUUAUGUUUCAAUGAUAUAUUGCAUGCUUCGUCCAUGUAUCGCCUAGGAAUAUCUACAUGUUAGUCAGGGCGCCACCGCUAGCCACUGGAGGAAACACCAUCAUCGUGCUCUGACAUCAGGCAAUACACAGCAGACCUCGCUACCGGCUUGUAUUGAGUGUAUACUGUAGUACAGACCCUGCCAGUAGAUGUCAGUAGAAUCUGUGGUUCGUGUAGGAAAUCUAGUUAAUUGUUGAACUGCGAGUUUCCAGUAUGAAAGGUUACAUGCCUCCUAAACAUAUUAAUUCAUAAACUGAACACACCAAGUCUUUUAGGGUUGUGAAAGUUUGUAUUAAGAAUGAUGUCUCCAUUCUCCCAGCCACUGUGAUGGAAGGGUUACUGAGGGCGACUGAAAAAUAGGAAGAUGCCGUCCUUUGCUCAUGCCCAAACAAAUGUAUAGAGGGAUAGUCAACUUAGUGAUCUUAGAAUUGAUAAGGGGUUGUCUCAUAAGUAAUAGGAUGAAAGACAGUUUGUGAAGUAAAAAGCCCAUGACAAUAAUAGUGGCUGAUGAUCCUAAGAACCUUGGCCCUCUUAUGAGAGGGUUUGGAUACCUAAGGCCAGCUGUUCUGUGUGUAGCCCCCUCCCUGCAUACUGCCAUUUUCAAACCCUCAUUUGAGAGGGUUUUGAUACCCUAGCCUAGCUGUCCUGUGUAUACCUUCUCGCUGAAUACUGCCAUUCUAAAACCCUCAUUUGAGAGGGUUUUGAUACCCUAGCCCAGCUGUUCUGUGUGUACCCCAUCCCAUCUCCCACUGUAGACUAUAUGUUAGCUACUGUCCUACUCAUCAGUUCUUUGUGCCUUUGUAUGUUUAAACCAACUGAACCAGACCUCCAGUAUCAGUCGGCAGUGUAUCUGUGACUUCAGUUGGAUACAGAUGAGGUGCUGGGCUUUGUUAGUCAUAACUGAUGUAUGUUAUCAUAAUAUAUGAAAUAUUUAUAAACAUUUUAUACUGUUGCCUUGUAGAUGAAUAAAUAAUAACUCUUUUAGAA